GUUAGAGACAAGGCUUCAGACAAUGGGAAGCAGUUCCAUUCUAUCAGCCGUUGCAAGAAGACUUGAGGGGAAGGUGGCACUGAUCACCGGUGGCGCCAGCGGCAUCGGCGAGUGCACCGCCAGACUCUUCCGCCGGCAUGGUGCCAAAGUCAUCAUAGCCGAUCUCCAAGACGAUCUAGGCCACUCAGUCUGCAAUGACCUUGGCCAAGAUGCAGCCACAUUUGUCCACUGCGACGUGACUGAUGAAACCGACAUCCGAAAUGCCGUCGACACCGCCAUCACCAAACACGGGAAGCUCGACAUCAUGUUCAACAAUGCAGGCAUUGUAGACGAGCCAAAGCCGAGCAUCCUCGACAACGAGAAGGCCGACUUCGAGAAGGUCAUUGCAGUCAACCUAACAGGAGUCUUCCUCGGCACAAAACACGCAGCCCGUGUCAUGAUCCCAGCUCGCCAUGGCAGCAUAAUCAGCACUUCCAGUGUCAGCUCACGGAUUGGAGCGGCCGCAUCACAUUCCUACACAUGUUCUAAGCACGCGGUGGCGGGCCUCACUAAGAAUGCAGCAGUCGAGCUUGGGCAAUUCGGCAUUCGAGUGAAUUGCAUUUCUCCGUAUGCUCUUGCGACGCCUCUUGCAGAAGGGUUUGUGAAGUUGCAAGGUGAAGAGCUUGAGAAGGCCAUGAGCUACUAUGCUAAUCUCAAGGACGUGUAUCUGACGGCUGAGGACGUUGCACAGGCCGUGCUUUAUUUAGGGAGUGAUGAAUCGAGAUACGUGAGUGGUCACAAUCUUUUCAUUGAUGGGGGGUUUUCCAUUGUCAAUCCAUCGUUUGGCAUGUUCAAAUAUCCAUCUUCAUCAUAAGGUUGUUGCUGUGGAAUGCACGAAAACCGUUUGUUGCUUU